CUGGUUUCCGUGCCAUGCAUGUGCAGCCGGAUAAGCCCGCCCCGCGGGUUCUCUCGAGACACGAGUGCUCCAUCCCGAGGCUGCGGGCCUGUAGACCUGUGCAGCAGGCGGCCAGGCGAUAGGGGGGAUCAUGCGGCGUCUGAUAGCAGGGCCGCUGCUCCUCCUUCUGCUGCUGCGCGUGGCGGCUGUCGCCGCCACCGCCGCCAGCGAUGCCGCUGUGCUGAAGUCCUUGAGGGAUGCCACAAUAGGCCUGGCCGGAGAGCGCGCGUCUCCGGAGGCCGCGUUGGUAGCAGCGGCUGCUUACCCUGGUUGCUGCGAAGACGGCCAUCUGCUGCCUACCAUAGAUUGCGAAACUAAUAUUACCUGCCCCAUCCUUGGCUGGACAACAAACCUGACGGCCCCUCCCUGCAGCUGGGUGGGCGUCACUUGCGGCGCUGACGGCCUCGUGACAAAACUCGUGCUCCGUUUCAUGCGGCGAGAAAUAUCCUUCCUGGAGCCACCUCUGCUCCUGUCCGCCGCAUUUUUGGAGCUUGUGGCGCAGCUGCCGGCCCUGGAACUGUUUGACCUUCCGGGGCCCUCUACGUUCAACCGCCCUGCCCGGUUGCCGGCAUCGUGGGCGGGCAUGCGCCGUCUCAGGAAGAUCAGGAUAUUCUUUGUUGCAAUGACUGGGGGCCUGCCAGCAGCAUGGGGGGCCAAGAACGCACUGCCGUCGCUGCAGCAGCUCGUGCUGACUGGCUGUGGGCUGACCGGCAGCCUGCCGUCUACCUGGUUUAGUUCCGGCGCAUUCCCAUCCCUGCAAUCAUUGGAGCUUGGGACCAACGCGUUCACCGGCAGCCUGCCGCCGCUUGUGCCAAGCUCUCUGCCGAGGCUUGCCCGUCUGGACUGUUCAGACAACCGCUUGACAGGGACGCUGCCGUCAAGCUGGGCCGGCGCGAUGAUAGAAAAGAUCCAGCUUAGCAACAACCAGCUGAGCGGCAUGCUGCCCGCUGGAUGGGCACAAACAAUGCCGUCAUUAACCCACAUUGAUCUGCGCACAAACCAGCUCAGAGGGACCCUGCCUGCUGCCUGGCAACAGCUUGGCAGGCUGGAGUUAUUGUGGCUGAGCCGCAAUCAGCUGUCCGGCACCCUGCCUCUGAAUCUGGGCUGCAGCAGCAUCUUCCCCGGGCUUGUCAGCUUGGAUGUCUCAUACAACAGUCUGACCGGCGGCCUGCCGCAUGGGUGCAACCUGACCUACCACAUCGCCAGCAACGACUCCUGCGAGUCCUGGCCGCUGCACGGAUCGUUCGGAACAACUCGCUUGCCGGCACGCUGCCGGUCCAGCUGCCCUGCUCCUUCCCGGUUCUGGAGCAGCUGGACGCUGCAUUCAACCAGCUCAGCGGCACUCUGCCAGCCAGCUGGUGGGGCCAGGCGGAGGGCUCCAACCAUCCCUGGCGGAUGUCCUUGGAUACCAUCUGCUGCUGCGGUGGCGCUGUUACCAUUCCUGCCACUGCUGCCACACCCUGAUCAUUUCAAGCUUUACCCAGUUCUGACAGAUGUGCCAAGUCUGCCCGUGCCCAUUUUUGUUUUCAGGAACCUAUCGGGGAAUGCAUUCACAGGGGCGCUCCCAUCCACCUGGCUAGUUACCAAUGUUUGGACUGGAAUUCACUACAUGCUUGUCUGGCCAGGCAACAACGGCCUAUGCUUGGGUACAAUGACCACUAAGAGACCUACUGCUUGCCUGAACACUAGUGGCAUUGUGGGCGGCUGGACAGAUAUAGGCAGCGGCGAGGCGAUUGUCGUGCAGCCGGGCGGGUAUCAGGAUAUUCCAAUCAACCAUCCGGAUGAGGGUUGGACUGUCUGCUACAAUGCCACCACCAGCGUGCACCUGCCUGCCUGCAGUCCUUCCGUGGUGCGCAGCAGCAGCAGUAGUCGCGGCGUGCUGGCAGCAGCAGUGGGGGGCGCAGCAGUGCUGGUGAUGGCAGCUGUUGCGUUGCUGCCUGCAGUUCGCAGAAAGCAUGCGCAGGGGGCGGCAGCAGCGUCAGCGGACGAGGAAGGACUGCAGCUACUGCUGCAGCACAGCACAGGCAGCGGCGGCACUAGCCGGCCACCAAAACGCAGGGAGCAUGCAGAGAUUGAGCGGCAGCUGCUUGACUUGAGCCAGCACAUGCUUGGCGCGUCAGCUGAUAACCAGGGCUUGGUGAUUGGAGCCCAUCGGCCUCCUGCGUUAAGUGCUCUGACGCAGCAGCUGCCUGGAACAGCCAGCUGGCAGCAAGAGGCUACUGCUGGGGACGGUCCCAGCACGUCUGGCCGCGCUUCCGAGCCGCUGCGUGCCGCCACUGCCUGCGGGCCCCUCUCCUUGCGGCUUUCUGAUCUUACCUUCAGCCAGCGACUACCCACCAGCGGCAGCAGCAGCUGCGCAGGGCUGGUUGAGAUUGGGGCUGGCACCUCAUCCAAGGUGUAUCUGGCUCGCCUGCACGAUGAGCUGGCGGUGGCGGUGAAGGUCAUGCUGCUGCCUGAAGGUCCCAUGCUGAACGAGCAGCUGCAGCAGGAGGUGUCGUUGGUGCACCGCUGCCACCACCCUGGCAUCCUGCAGCUGGUUGGCGUGUGCUGGGCGCAUGGCCUGGUGUUUGUGGUGACAGAGCUCAUGUCCGGUGGUUCGCUGCUCAGCCAGCUGCCAAACCCGGCGCUGCGCUACCAUGCCAGGGGCCGGGAGCUGCUGCUCCAAGUUGCCAGCACGUUGCACCACCUACAUGGCCGCAAGAUCGUGCACCUUGACCUGAAAGCGAGCAAUGUGCUGCUGGAUGGAUCACUGGGCACUGCCAAAAUCUGCGAUCUCGGGAAGUCAGGCAUCCUGCAGGCCAGCAUCGUGACAGCUCAAGGCACCCCCAACCGCUACUCCUCCCCUGAGCAGCUGGCCGGGGACUGGUGCGGCCCAGCGUCCGACAUUUACAGCCUGGGAAUCGUGAUGCUGGAGGUGCUGACGGGCCAUGCGGCGCGCGGCAGAGAUGCGCGGGCCGAGCUGCAGCUCAGGGUUCCCGAGCACUGCCCCCUGGCUGUGGCUGAGCUGGCAUACGCCUGCCUGGACCGGGAUCCCACUGCACGGCCCGGCGCAAAGCAUGUGGUGGCGGUGCUGCAGGACAGACCUGCAUAG